AGUACAUAAUUUACAAAUGUCGAACCAUAGGAAUGGUUCCAUGCAUAUGAAAGAACAAAAACAACAACAAACCAAUACAAGAUAUCUAAAUAUCAGCUAAAACAAAUGCACAUAAUUGUGGCGCGCAGGCCAAACAAACUAAACAUGAAUCAAGUCAUACUCAACAGAUGGAUACCCCAAGUCCAAACCCUUGUUAAAACUAAUUCCAAGCUUCUAGUUACAUGCAUCACCAAGAGCAGUAGUAUGGUAAGCCAAAAACAAGAGCAUAGAGGGAGCAUAUGUUGAAGGCAUUGACAGCUCAACCAACACAUACUCCCUCUACAAGGACCAGGUACCAAAGUUCUUCCAUGAUCGUCAGACCAAAGUACUUCCAAACUCAUCACAAAAAGGUUUCCCAAAGGCGCAAGCAACAUCAUCAUCUCCUAUGUACACAAACUCCUCAAAUGGUGGGGUCUACCCACCGAGACCCAUACCAUUGAGUAAUCAUCCACCCAAGGCAGGUGAUUUGUUAUAUAGCCCUAGGAACCAUAAACCGUCAAUGAAGAGGGUUAAUUUUCCCAGAGACAUGCCAAGUGGGCCAUGCCACGAGUGCAAGAAGUUGUCCACCCGCGUCGAAGAAGACAACUUUAAUGCCAAAUUAACCAGAGCAACACACUCGGCCGUUCAGAGACGGCAAUGGCAUUUGGCAAUCAUCCUCAGAAAGACGAUGCACGAGUUCACUAGGUUAUCUUACAAGCCUUCAUCCACUGCUGUCCUCGGUUUAAGUUUUGGCACAACACGUAGAUAGGCAGUCCAACGAAACCAACCUCCAUUACCUGAGUAAAAACAGCCUGAUAGCCAUAUAAGAAGUAAUUUAUUAGCCAAAAUUGCCCAAAAAGUCCUCCAAAUUCCCCAACUGAAAGUCUGAAAGGGUUAAGAUUUAAGAAGAACAAAGGCAGAGGUUUCCAGUAUGGCCAAGAAUCCUUCUUCACACAAGUUAGUACAUCCCCCAACAGUGGCAAAAGUAACACAACAAACCCAACCUAAAACCCAUUGGGUAAUGCCUUCACACAAAUAGAGCUGACCGUCCAAAAUAGCCGAAAAGAAGCUCAGCUCAGCCACUCCAAACCGAGCAAUACAAGCCUCAAAGACCAAUCCAUCCUCACUAGGAUCGCAAAAGGUAAACAAAUAAAAACACAAUCGCCAUUCAGGUCAAAACAAGCUUUAAAAAAGUGAACAAAAGUCCCACCAGUAGGACAAUCUGGCAGCAAAAAGUCACUGCCUUCCUCCAUCAAAUAGCAGUGAGAAUUGCAGCCUAACCAGGUCCAAAACAAGAUAAGCAUCAUCAGUCCUUUCUAAUCCACAAAACCAGCAUGUUUACCAUAAGUCUUGUACUUGCAUCAUUCAAAUAGCGGCUCAAGAACAGUAAGAAUAACGUGGUUCACAAACAACAGCUGAUUCAAAGUUCAAGAAUAGCAGCUCAAGAACGUUCCAUUGAUUCCAGUAGCUUCCUUCAUGUUACCAAUGUUGUUGUAAUCAUGUAGAAUGGCCCUUCCCAGUAAAUUUGCUAUUUAGAAAGAAUGGCAGUACCAAAUGCAGCUAGACAACCUUUCUCAUCCUCACUACAUUUCAAGAGACAUCACACAAUUAAUCAUCAAAGGACCAGUCAAAGCCAACACAAGUAAUGAGAUAUCAUCACAAAAACACCAAGGAAACCCGCACAAACAGUAGGGAAAAGGAGCAGGGACCUGAUGAACCAGAGGGCUCAAAAUCGCACUGUGAACAGUGGCGACGAGCUUCAUAUCUUCCUCAAUUCAAUGCAUUCUUCAACUGGAACAAAACUCAAUUUAAGAAUUAGAAGAAGCUUACCAGGUCGCUCAAUAUCCCCAAAGGAUUGGCCAUGAGUUAAGCAUGAACAGAAUUGAGUUUGGAAUUCAAGUUCGCGCGAUGAACAGUAAACUCGAGACCUUCAUUCAUUGAUUCAGCAGAAUUCUUGCCAAAAUCCAUCAAAUUGAAGUCAGAGGUGGACUCAUCUGGUGAAGACGAAUCCAAACAUCCAAAAUGCAUGCUCCAAUUUAGCAAGACGAAGGAGAAAUCGCGCUCAAGAGUUCUCGAUGAACAGUAGCGAUUGAGGCGUUGACCUUCAAAUCUCACACAAGUCCAGCGAAAAAGCUCAAAAAAAAAUGGAUUCCACUGCUGAAGACAAAUUUAGAGCUCCAAAAUGAGCAACAAAUCAAGGCGGAAGCAUCAGAUUAUGUUGGGCGUGAAUAGUCUUGCGACUGCCCAGCGAAAACCUUGCUAUGCUAUGUUUCGAAGCGAAACCUCCAAACUUUGAAUGCUAACCUACUGCUGACAGAUUUCGAUCUCAGGUACGGGAAACAUUGAUUCUAGUGAUACGUGUUCAACGUUUCUAUAUAUUCCAAAAUGUUGAAAAUCGACCGGAGCAUUUAGGUCCGGCGGCAUGACUUCGCCAGAAACCGACGAUCCAUCAUCAGAGGCUCAGAGCUAGUGCUCAGUUCCAUUGUCAGAACCAAAACCUUAAUAAUUUUAUGAAAUUGGG